UCGGGGUAUGAAGGUUUCCCCCUCUCCCGUUUCCAUUUGACGUUAGCUACACUGGGACAGUUCAGUCAAAAAGUAUCGUGUGGUCAUUGGUGUUUCAGAUUGGCAGUCAACUUCUAUCUGUUUUGCGAUUGGCAGGCGACAUAAUUUGGCUACCUCAGCUGGCUCGACUCAGAAGCGCCUUGGUUGACAGUGUUGUUGUUGUAAGUAAGAAACUACUUUGUCGUUGAGUCCUGUUUUGGAUUUACAGUAGACUGCAACCUCUGGAUUAGUUUAAAGUCAGGAAAAACUGGUCUAAUAAAGGUGGAGUUUUUCACAGUAUUUGUCAAGAGGGAGGACCAUUAUGGGACGAUGAAAGAAAUGUCUGCGAGGCCGCACAAGGUUUGGCUGGACGUGUAAGGCAAGUUGAAGAGUCCCCCUUCCCCCUGGUCCAGUGGUCUUGUUGGGGAGGGCGGAUCCCCUGUUUGUUUUUUUUCCCGACCCUGAUGCCGCCCUGUAAAUUCAUGAUCACAUGACCUUGGAUAUGGACGCAGUCCUGUCCGACUUUGUACGUUCCACUGGAGCCGAACCAGGACUAGCCAGAGACCUGCUAGAGGGGAAGAACUGGGAUCUCACCGCUGCCCUCAGUGACUUUGAACAGCUGCGACAAGUGCAUGCUGGGAACCUGUCGUAUUCUUUUGCUGAGGAGAGGACGUACCCAGGCCCGGAGAAGGAGAUGGCCAGAGUGGGGCGCCCCCUUCUUCACCGUCAAGAGGAGGUGCUGCAAGGUGAAAACAGUGCCACAGAGAAGCGUCUAUCGAGAGGCAUCUCCCAUGCCAGCUCUACCAUCGUGUCCCUGGCACGGUCACACGUCUCCAGUACGGGCAACUGUAGUAGUGAGCCCCUUCUGGACACGCCUCUGUGCACAUUCCAGCUGCCCGACCUCACCGUGUACCGGGACGACUUUCGUGGCUUCAUCGAGAGGGACCUCAUCGAGCAAUCUAUGAUGGUGGCCCUAGAGCACGCCGGCCGACUCAAUUGGUGGACACGGGUGGGACCUAACUGUCAGAGUCUAUUGCCAUUGGCGACGAGUGGGGACGGAAACUGCCUGUUACAUGCAGCGUCAUUGGGUAUGUGGGGCUUUCAUGACCGUGACCUGAUGCUGCGGAAGUCUCUGUAUGCACUGAUGGACCACGGCCAGGAGAGGGAGUCGCUGAGACGCAGGUGGAGGUGGCAGCAGACCCUGCAGAACAAAGAGUCUGGUCUGGUGUACACAGAGGAGGAGUGGCAGAAGGAGUGGAAUGAGCUGCUAAAACUGGCCUCCAGUGAACCUAGGAUACACUACAGCACCAAUGGCAGCAAUGGGACGGAGUCAUCAGAGGAGCCUGUGUACGAGAGUCUGGAGGAGUUCCAUGUGUUUGUCCUGGCCCAUGUCUUGAGGAGGCCCAUAGUAGUGGUGGCAGACACCAUGCUCAGGGACUCUGGAGGAGAGGCUUUUGCCCCAAUCCCAUUCGGAGGGAUCUAUCUGCCCCUGGAGGUGCCAGCUGCCAAGUGCCAUCGUUCGCCCUUAGUGCUGGCGUACGACCAGGCCCACUUCUCUGCCCUCGUCUCCAUGGAGCAGAAGGACGGCUCGAAAGAGCAAGUUGUGAUCCCUCUCACUGACUCAGAACACAAAAUGCUGCCUGUACACUUUGCAGUGGACCCUGGGAAGGACUGGGAAUGGGGCAAGGAUGACACGGACAAUGUCAUGUUGGCAAGUGUGACCCUGUCCCUGGAGGCAAAGCUCCAGCUGCUACACAGCUACAUGACUGUCACCUGGCUGCCCCUGCCCUGUGAGCAGGCACCUUUGGCUCAGCCCGAGUCCCCCACCGCCUCUGCAGGAGAGGACGCCCGCACCCCUCCCGACUCAGGAGAAUCCGACAAGGAGUCGGUCAGCAGCAGCUCCAACGGUGAUGCAAUGACGACAGCAGGGGCUGCCAGCGCAGGUGGAGGUGUGUCAGCCAAGAACAGCUCCUCCUCCUCCAGCUCGUCCAGUAACAGCUCGGCAACAUUGACGACGGGUACGGGGGGAAAGGAAAAGCCCAAGAAGGAGAAAGACAAAGACAAGAAAAGGGCUGACUCUGUGGCCAACAAGCUGGGCAGCUUUGGCAAGAGCCUGGGCAGCAAGCUUAAAAAGAACGUGGGCGGGCUGAUGACGGGGAAGAAUGCAGGAGGCGGCGGGGCCAAGCAGGAGGGCACAGAGAAGAAGAAAAGUUCGCUGAGGGGGCGGAAGGGCAGCAAAGACAGCUCGCCUUCGGCCCACGCCUCUGAGGACUCUGGGAAGGGCUCGCCGUCGUCGGGCAGUGAGCGUCAGAAUGGCACGGGCGGUGGCAGCAGCGAGAGUGACCCGUAUAAGUACAGUGCCGACGUGAAGGCGAGCCUGAGCAUCCUGCGGGCGGCCAUGCAGGGCGAGAGGAAGUUCAUCUUCGCUGGCCUGCUCAUCACCAGCAACCGCCAGCCCUUCCAGGAGGAGAUGAUCCAGCGCUACCUGUCUGACGCUGAGGAUCGCUUCCGGGUAGAGCAGGAGCAGCAGCGGAAAGGAAGCACCAACGGCAUCCAGCAGCCCAAGAAGGAGGCAACGGCAGGCACAGAGGUGGGCUACCGCACCUAUGAACCGAAAGAGGAGCCGGCUGAGAGCUCACCGCCCAACUUCAGCCACCUCAAGUCGUCCUCAUUCAACCCCUCACUCUACUCCGGCGUGGUGCCCAUCCCCCGGCCAACCUUCAUGGACCAGCCGCCCUCCCCGGCCCCACUCACUCAGCACCCACACAUGCACGGCUACAUGGAGACGAGGCGCCAGCUUGCAGGUGGCUCCCCAUCCUCGUCUUAUCCCGGGCUGCCUUCCUAUGCCACCCUCCCCCGCCACUGCCCCAUGGCGCAGGGCCCCCCUCACCCCCAGUACCACCCCCCGCAGGCACCGGUACCCCUCAGCCCCUUUCGCCUCAUUCCCUCUUUCACACCCUCAUACCUCCCCGAGCACGACCCUCCAGACUACCCCACCUCAGAGCCUGUAGGCGGGGGCUACACUAACGGAUUCCGGGACUUGCGCGCUGCCCUGGAUGUUCCUCGCAGCGGGCCUCUCCCGGUCAGACACUACUCCCUGGGCAGCGCCGGAGGCCUGUCCAGCCGCUGCCGGACGCCCAGCUGCAACUACUACGGACACCCCGAGACGGGCAACUACUGCUCCUGCUGCUACCGAGAGGAGCUGAAGAGGAGGGAGACUGAGCCAGCCAUCCACAGGUUCUGAACAGAUGGACUGACCAGAACUGGCUUUGUGGCCACCAACCACAAGGAAACUGAUGGAUGAGGUUUCUUGCUAUAGGACGAUACAGAGCCUGGCCCUCUUAUCGCAUCACUUCCUUCUCUAAAGGCAACACUGUGUGUGGAGAGCGUCCUGGGCAGGAUCAGUGCAGUGACUUCAGAGACUGGAGAGAAAGGGGCUGUGGCUGCGGCGAGCGUUAGACAAUAGGACUGUGCACAUCUCUUACAUUUGUUGUGGCUCUUAUGCAGGCUGUAUGUGUGUGUGUGAGAACUGCAGGCUCUCCUCCACUUUGUCCCCUUGUCGCCUUGCAGCUGUCUCCUCCUGGUGGAGAGAAUGUAUACGGCAGGCGAUACACGCACACUGACAUUCACAUUACACACACAAACUAACACUGCACAAGCACAACCAGAAACUAAUUGAUAAUCACUCUUCUCCAUAUGUGGAGACGACCUAUAUUUGGCCCUGUAAAUUGGUGGUAUUUUAACAUACGAAUCAACCCUUCAAUGUCUUGUUAGUCUUUUCAACCAGUGGGUUAGAGAUGUAUGCAGACGGACUAGCCUAGGGCAUUACUGUUACCGGGUGCAUGUAUGACUUGGGAAUGAACAGUGCUCUUUCCUGAUGAGUAGUUGGGUUUCUUUUGCGUUGGUCCUCGCUCUUGUAAUGCAAAUUGAAACUACAGUAUUAUGUUAGUGGUUGCUGUUCUGGCUUCAAUGGUGCUGCUAAUGUUCCAGAAUGCAACAGACCUCUAUUCAAGUUCAUCUCAAAUAUAACAAGCAAAACAGAUAGUCCUAUCCACCCUUAAGAUGCCUUUUAUGGCAAAGUAGCCAUCCAAUCUAAAUUCACCACUGUGUCCAGAUGUUAGUCAAGUCCAUUUUUAUACAUCUACCAUUUUUAGAUGUCUCCCAGUAUCAAUUAUAGAACAUACAUGGCGGAGCACUGUGGUAGAUAUUCCCGAAUGGCUAAUAUACAGUUUUUAAUAAGGUUGCUAGAAUCUUACUGUUCCUGGCUUGUUUUUGUCAUUUUAUAUCCAUCAUGAAAAUGAGGCAUUUCAAUAAUAUGCUGGCAACAUUUAGGGUCAUCAAACACUACUAAACCGGCAUUCAAAACCAACUCCCCUCGCAUUUUCAGCUCAAGACCUCAAGGUAAUCAGUACAUGCUAAACUGAUGAACGGUCACAUUUUGGUUGAAAAAGACACUGUCCAUUGUAACAUUGUAACUCUGCUUCUCUUGUGGCUGAGAAAGGUAACAGGUAUUUUAUGGAAUCUUGUCCAUAGGGCUUUUUGUGAAUACCUACUUAUGGCAAACUCCAAAUUCCUGACAUGGACACCCCAUUGAUAUGGUUAAAAACAAGUUGGAUUAUUUAACCCAACUCCCUUCAAGUCCUAAUUAAGGGCAUUGUGUUGAUUCCAAACAAGUGACUGACCCCUGUCGCUUAACCUCUCUGCACAAAUUCAAGCACUUUCCUAAUGUCCGUAGACAUUUUGUUACUGUUUUGAAGGUAUCUGACUGUUAUGUUGUCCUUAGGUCAUGUCAGAACUGUAGACACUGCACCUUUACUUGCGGGAGGGCAGAUGCAUGGGCUAGAACCCCUUGGCUAAGGAUUCAGUUACCAUGGGAACAGCGUUUUGGUGCCAGUGUUGUGGUUUAACUCUAUUUCCUAGUUGCCUUUUUCAGUCUCUUGUCCUUGUGGCAUUACAAUCUUGUUUGUAUGUUUUACAAAAUGUGCAUCAGGUGUACAAUACUCGUUUUUGCUGCAGUUUCUCUUCUGGUAUUUUUGUACCCUACUCAGUGUAAAGCCCCUGUUUUUAAAUAUUUUCAUUUUGCACCCAGACAUGGAGUCAUUUUCGAAGAUCAUAACAAAGUGAUUUAGAGAUCAAAUGUAAAAUAUAUAUAUAUAUAUAUAUAUAUAUAUAUAUAUAAUUCAAUAAUUCUGGAGUUUGGAACAUAUCACAUUUUUUAGAUACCGUUUUGGUCUCGUGUUACACUCAAUGAUUUGCAGAUUAGGAAUGGAUUUGUUUUUUUCAUCACCAAUGUAUUAACACUUUCUCAUCCAAGCCGUGUUAUUACCAAUGAGCCAUGUAAAAUUAUGAGGAAGACUAAUCUUCCUGACUCUAUAAACGUCUUUUCACUUGAAGCACAAUAGCGAGAGAAUAUCUGUAUGCAAUUCACUGCCUUGCCCAAUGGAUGGCGCUCUUGUAUUUGUAUUCAAUGUACCUGGAAGUUUCCAUGCUCGACUUAACCAAAAAUACAAAAGAGAACAAUUUAUGGGUACUAAGAUUUGAGUUUAUUUAAAAAUAUAAAAAAAUUGCCAAGGGUAUGAGGGACUCUUCUCUCUUUUUAAGUAACAUUUGUCUUUUGAGAGACAGUUCAAACAUGCGGCUCAAAAUAGUCACCCUUCAAGGGAAUGCUCCAUGACUUCGAGGUGGCAUGUGCAUCUUGAAUUGGAACCAACCAUUCCCCACAAUACCAUUAAGCUAUAUCCCAAACAAUAUUUCUGUGUGACGUGUGUGUGUGGGGGGGAGGGGGGGGGGGGGGGGGGGGUGCGUGUGUUUGUGCGCUUACGCUGUAUGAAACCAUUUUGCAACAAAAAAUUGCAGCUCAUAAGGCACAAACAGGUCAUCUUUAAUGAAAAGAUGAUGGCUAAUUAAGAAAUGGGUGUAUGCGUGCUUUCUCCUCUCCUUCCAAUGUAAUAAUAUUUGCUUAACAACAUCAACAACAUUUUUUUUUUAAAGAAUUGGAUGGCUUACAGACAACAUCUUGAACAUUUGACUUAGACUGCAAACAUUUUUGUAUAAAAAACAAAUGACUGAGGUUGUAUAUGUUCAAGUUAUUUUUGUAAACCCAAAGUUUUACAAUGUUUUUAAAGAUAAUCUAUAUUGACGGAUGCUAAAAUUAGUGGAAGAUAAGCUUAUAACCUGGGUUUAUGGAGGAGUCAGUAUUCACCAAAAUGGACAGUUUGGCUGUCAAGGUUGAUCACAAAAGAGCCUCCUAAACUCAAAGGUUUCUCAUUAGCAAACUAGUUUUCUUCUUGCUGACCUGACGAUAUGAUUUGGGAAUAUAUAUUUAUAGUGAGAAUCUUUUUUUUUUCUUUUUUUCCAGAAGCUUCCUUUUGGAAUGUUUAGUUGAGAAACUUUUAGUAUGUUCUUUCUUACGUGUCAAGCAGACUGGCUUUUAUUUGUUUGUUUUUAUUUGAAUUGUAAGUUUAUUUUUAUUUCUCACCACCAAUCCAUGCAAUGCUAACACAUUACAGCAAUGAUUCAAUACUUGAUUGUUGGUGUUUUCAACCUAUACUCAAUCCCUCUCUCGGAAUAAGAUGGCUUUGAAUUUGUUUUACUAAGUAACUGACCCAUUAUUUUUCUAUUGUACAUUUUCUCUCAUUUCUAUGGGACAGAAUAGUCAUCAGCAACAGGAACAUGGGAUACUUUAGUUGCAUGGGACUGGAAUUGUUGCAUGUAAAUGACUAUCCAUUUAACCAAAUUUGUGUAUUAUUUUGAGCUGAUUUGGGCAGUCCUGGUUUUGUGACCAGUUUUUUUUUUCUGUUUUUUUUCUCCAUCUUUUCAUAUUUGGAGAGGAGAGGCUGUGACAGUGCAAUCUGGAUGGAAAGAACAUCUGAUUUAAUUUUUACAUUUUUUUUGUUGCACUGUUUGAAUAAAUUCUCAUUGUAUUUCAACAACAUGGUGGCAAUCCCAAAAGUUUUACUCUGUUUCUGACAUUUUUUGGGGGGGGGGGGUUUACAAAUGUAUGGUAGGUAUUUCAGAGAUGUACAGAAAAGGGAUUCUGUUUUUCAAUGUGCUCAUUGGAUGUACAAUAAUGUUGAAUGAAAGGUGAGAAUUGGUAUUAUCUUGAUGUAAGGAUGAUGUAAUUGUGAUACCGUUGAUUUAUAAUCUUUCGUGGCCAGACGAUGUAAACAUAUAGUACCGUAGUCCAGUACAUUUAUCGAUCAUCUGACCAAAUGACAACAGAUUUUUAGUUCUGGGUUAACUGAGAUUACAUUGUAGAUGAAUCUAUGUACAAAUUGACUCUAACAUCUAAUGCCAGCCAGUGGAUAUAAAUGUAAAACUAUUGGAUUAUAUUGUCACAAUUAUCAAUUGUGUUGAAAGACUCAAAUCAACCAUGCAAGAGAGACUUAACAGCAAAAGCUGUUUUUACAUAUUAGAAACAACUUAUCACAGCGUUACACAUUAGAAGUAACUUUCUCCCAGAUGAUGCAGCCGACACUGUCUGAAGCUGUUCUAUGUAUUCGAGAAAUUGGAGACCCUUAUUUAAUAUUGAAUAGGGUCCCAUGUGGUCGAACGAGGUUUGGAUUUAUAGCUCGAUCACAAGGACACUGUCUCCCCACCUGGCUGUUAGGAGGGACAGACUGUACUUCAUCCAUUUGGAAUUUCUAUUUGCUCAUCGAAAGGAAUUUAUGCAGUACAUUCCCACUGGAAUAUUCUUCCAAUAGCAUCUGUCUGCAUUACUGCAGUACUACCUUUCUACAUUGUCAGUUCCGAUGACAGAGCAGCCAUUUAUCAAAGGAUCAACUGCAGGUACUGUAUCACUCAUCCAUCACUUGCCUUUGUUAAGACUAAUAAGACUAACGCCUACAAAUGGGUACAUAAUUUUUUGGGGGGGGCUUUUAUUUUGUAUGUAGUUGUAUGCUGGUUGAAACUUCUGGUAAUUUAUGUAGAUUUUGAUGUAUUGUUUUUAUUGCUUCUGUGCUCUUUAAGCUUAAUCAUCCUCUUGGCUUUUUCUUAUGUUUACAUCGUUGCUUCCAUUCUUGUUUGAAAUUCUCAAGGUAGGCGAAGUUGAACACUUUGUGACAAUGCCAUUUUACAGAAUACUACAAAUGCAGCAUCCAACUCAUUCUGCAUUAGUAACAUGGGUAUAAUGAUUUACAACUAUUUUACAAGCAUGUAUGAUCCUGUAAAAUGUUAUAAUGCAGCUGCUGUGAAGUAUCUAUAUGAGUUAAUGGGACUAGACUGAUUGUCUAUGAUAUCACGUUUUUAUUUCAGGUGGUUUUCGACAGUUCUAAUUUCAGCGAAUCAGUUUGUCAAAUACAAAUGACAAUAUAGCAUUGGAGGCAAAACACUAUUUAGAAAUAUAUGUGCAUCUGUGUAUAGGCCAGUAUUCAACAACCUAUUAAUUGGCCCAUUUGAACCAUCACCAUUUCAAUAAAACUAGGCUUACUUCAAAAGCU